CAUAUCAGUGGUUUUAUGAAUUCCUAUAAAUACAUCCAUCCAUUCCUCCAUUUCUCACCGACAACAUGCAACAGUAGAUUUUGAUUAACUGUAACAUUUCUCUUCCUUUUCCUCUAAAUUGAAAAUGGAGUCGUUUAAGAAGAAAUCAUUCAAAAUCAGGCACAGUGAGGAAGAGGGUUCGAGCCAUGGCCGGACGGAGGAAUACAUGGUAGAGGAUAUGAGAGAGCGAGUCCAGUCGUCACGCCGCGGCAGACUUGACUUGGACUUGGACCUGGACUUGGACUUGACUCGCCGGAGGUUCAACCUCAUCAAUGGCUUGAAAGACCUAUCUCAAGGCUGGUUCAUCCACCCAGAUAACAGGUGGUACAAGGCCUGGGAGAAAUUUAUACUAAUAUGGGCAAUAUACUCGUCAUUCUUCACACCAAUGGAGUUCGGGUUCUUCAGGGGACUACCGGAGAAUCUCUUCAUUUUGGACAUUGUUGGCCAAGUGGCAUUCCUCUUCGACAUUAUCUUGCAAUUCUUUGUCGCUUACAGAGACAAUCAUUCCUACAAAAUGAUUUACAAGCGUAAUCCAAUCGCUCUAAGAUAUAUUAAAUCUUAUUUUUUUCCGGACCUGCUAGCUUGCAUGCCUUGGGAUAUUAUCUAUAAGGCUUGUGGAAGAAAAGAAGAGGUGAGGUAUCUUCUUUGGAUCAGGUUGAUACGGGCUCGCAGACUUACAGAUUUCUUCCAGAGGAUGGAAAAAGACAUCAGAAUCAAUUAUCUCUUCACGAGAAUAGUGAAACUAAUCGCUGUUGAACUCUAUUGCACGCAUACAGCGGCUUGCAUCUUCUACUACCUAGCUACUAUGAUACCUAAAGAAAAAGAAGGUUACACAUGGAUUGGGAGCUUGAAACUGGGUGACUAUAGUUACUCACACUUCAGAGAGAUAGAUAUAUGGACGCGUUACACUACUUCAAUGUAUUUUGCCAUUGUCACUAUGGCUACUGUAGGUUAUGGAGAUAUACACGCCGUGAAUCUGAGAGAAAUGAUAUUCGUUAUGAUCUAUGUUUCCUUUGAUAUGAUUCUUGGUGCAUAUUUGAUUGGUAAUAUGACAGCAUUGAUUGUGAAAGGAUCAAAGACAGUAAGAUAUAGAGACAAAAUGACUGAUCUUACCAAAUAUAUGAAUAGAAACAGACUUGGAAAGGAAUUACGUAAUCAAAUAAAAGGGCACUUGCGUUUGCAAUAUGAAAGCAGUUUCACUGAUGCUUCUGUUCUACAAGAUAUCCCAAUGUCUAUUCGUGCCAAGAUAUCUCAGACUUUGUAUCAGUCAUAUGUAGAAAAUAUUCCCAUUUUCAAAGGUUGCUCCCCAGAAUUCAACAAUCAAAUUGUAACUCGAGUCCAUGAGGAAUUUUUUCUUCCAGGAGAAGUCAUAAUGGAACAAGGGAGUGUUGUGGAUCAACUCUAUUUUGUUUGUCACGGUGUCUUGGAGGAGGUUUUAAUAGGGGCUGAUGGAUUAGAAGAAACCGUGUCACUUUUAGAGUCUAACAGCUCGUUUGGAGAGAUUUCCAUUCUUUGCAACAUACCCCAGCCCUAUACUGUACGCGUAUGUGAGCUAUGCAGACUCCUCCGUAUUGAUAAACAAGCUUUCUCUAGUAUUCUCGAGAUAUGUUUUCAUGAUGGGCGGAAAGUCUUGACUAACUUGUUGGAGGGAAAAGAAUCUAAUAUUCGACUGAAGCAAUUGGAGUCGGAUAUUACAUUUCAUGUUGGUAAACAAGAGGCUGAUCUUGCUUUGAGAGUGAAUAGUGCAGCUUUUUACGGUGACUUGUAUCAACUUAAAAGUGUAAUCCGUUCUGGAGCAGAUCCCAACAAAGAAGAUUAUGAUGGAAGGACAGCCCUGCAUCUUGCUGCAUCAAAAGGAUACGAAGAUAUCACUAUGUUCCUGAUACAAGAACAUGUAGAUAUCAAUGCUGAAGAUAACUUCGGUAACACUCCCUUGCUCGAAGCCAUUAAGAAUGGGCACGACAAGGUUGCUUCAUUACUUUCUAAAGAAGGGGCCAUACUGAAAAUCGACAAUCCUGGUAGCUACUUGUGCUCAGUGGUUGCAAAAGGAGAUUCAGAUUUUAUGAGAAGGUUGUUGUCCAAUGGCAUGGAUCCCAACUCAAAAGACUAUGAUCAUCGAACCCCUCUUCACGUAGCUGCCUCUCAAGGAUUGUAUCUAAUGGGGAAGUUGCUUGUGGAAGCAGGAGCCAGUGUCUUGACAAAAGAUAGAUGGGGAAAUAGCCCGAUAGAUGAAGGGAGAAUUUGUGGAAACAAAAACAUGAUCAGACUCCUGGAAGAAGCGAGGACGACCCAAUUAUUGGAUAGCCCCCGUUCCAACGAGGUCACAGCAGAGCAAACACAUGCAAAGAAGAAGUGCACUGUCUUUGCAUUUCAUCCAUGGGAUCCCAAAGAAGGAAGAAAACAUGGGGUUGUGAUGUGGGUUCCUCACACCAUGGAAGAGCUAAUAGAAGCGGUGUCUCACCAGCUGGGGAUGCUUGAUGCAGAAGCAAAAUACAUUGUAUUAUCAGAAGACGGAGGCCAAAUUCUUGAGGCCGAUAUGAUAACGGACGGACAGAAAUUGUAUCUCAUCCACCAAAACCCUUGAAGAUCGGGAAAAAACUAGAAAAUAUUGAAAAUCUGUGUAUUUACAUGCAAAUAAUCCUAAAAGAAAUUAUCGUUUUCGAGAAUCAAUGAAUGCAUUUUGUACA